GCGCGCCCAUCGGGGCGUGGGCGGAGCCUUGGCGACAGAGUGGGAAGCCGCGAGGUCGGGCGCUGAUAGAAAUGAAGAGAAAUUACAAGCGGGGCAAAGAAAAGCAUGCAUGGAGCAAUCGCAAGCACAGCUACCGUUCCCAUCAGUACAGAAGACCCAAUCACAAUAACUGUAUUGAAAGGCUGGAACAGAGGGAACGACAGACCCCAGUGAAUGCAGACCCCAGCAGCAGUGGAGAUCCUUCUUCAUCCAGUUUAACGCAGAACUCUGCAGUACCAGAACUGCCAGGAUUUUACUAUGACUCAGAAAAGAACCGCUAUUUUCGCCUACUGCCUGGACACAAUAACUACAACCCACUCACCAAGGAGAGCAUUCAGUACAAGGCAAUGGAACGUGAAAGACUGAGACUCUUAGAAGAGGAAGAAAAACAAAAGAAGAAAACAACAAGGGCUGGACUGAACUCAUCUAUACUGUUACAGAAAAGGCAGCUGGGUUUGCUCAGCUCCACAAGUUAUUGCAGGCUGGUCCAUGAACUAAAAGUGAACUGCAUGCAGAGGAGGAAGGUAGAAAUUCACAGUCCAGAUUCCUCAGUUGCUGGAACCAACAAUUUUAAAAUAAUUGUGGCAGAUGCUGCUUGUGAGCGGAUAUUCACUGUGAAUGACGUAGAGCAUGGAGGAUGUAAAUAUGGUAUCAUCAACCUCAGUGGUUUGGGAAAGGACUCUCUCACUGUGGAGAUGUACGACAACCUCUACUUCACAAACCGCAAAGUGAAUUCUGUAUGCUGGGCAUCAUUGACUCAUCCAGAUUCUCAUGUUUUGCUGUGUCUCAUGGGAAUUGCAGAAACACCAGGCUGUGCCAGUCUGCUUCCAGCAUCAUUGUUCAGCAGCACUAACCCAGGAGAUCGACCUGGAAUGCUGUGCAGCUUCACGAUAUCCACUGCCUGGUCCUGUGCUUGGUGCCUGAAUCCCCAAGCAGACAACUGUUUCAGCACAGGCCUGACACGACGAGUUCUUGUGACCAAUGUAGUCACAGGGCAUCGACAGACAUUUGGAACCAGUAGCGAUGUGCUGGCACAACAGUUUGCCACACAGACCCCAGUGCUGUACAAUGGCUGCCGUUCAGGUGAGAUUUUCAGCAUUGAUGUGCGUCAACGCAACCGAAAGGGCCAGAGCUGGAAAGCAAUUCGUCUCUUCCACGACUCAGCAGUUACAUCUAUUCGCCUCCUUGAGGCUGAACAUUAUCUUAUGGCAGCAGAUAUGGCUGGAAAGAUAAAACUGUGGGACCUGAGAACAGCAAAGUGUGUGAAACAGUACAAAGGUCAUCACAAUGAAUAUGCUAUUCUCCCUGUGCAUGUAAAUGAGGAGGAAGGGCUUCUUACAGCAGUUGGUCAGGAUUGCUACACCAGAAUUUGGAGUCUCCAAGACGCCCAUCUGCUUAGGACCAUCCCUUCUCCUUACCCAUCCUCCAAAGAUGCCAUUCCCAGUGUGGUGUUUUCUUCAAGACUUGGGGGUAGCAGAGGAGUUCCUGGCUUACUCAUGGCUGUCAAACAGGAUCUCUACCACUUCUCCUAUAACUGACACAAUAGUCUCCUCAGACCUGGUCUACAAAGCUGCCAGCCUAUACAUGACUUACCCGUCACCAUGCUCUUGAGUCUGUUAUGUGCUGCUGUUGCAUCUGCUUUACUCUUGACAUUCUGAACCUCUUUCAGCAGUUUCAGCCAGUCUUGCUGUAUACACCUCAGACAUCUUGCAAAUAAAAGCUGAAUGCUGAUUAACUACUUAAGCAAUAUGCAGCCUCUUUGAAAUCUAGCUGUAAGCUUUGAAAAACUGGUAACGUGCAGUAAGGGCCUGACUCAUGCUACCUGAAUUUGCUGUCAAAAGGCUGCUCAAGCUUAAUCCUUGUUUGGUGAUAUAACCCCUUAGCUGAGGUUACACCUACGUUAAGAAGUAGGCUGGUGCACCAGAGUGGAUUAGCAGAGUGAAGUAGCUGGUGUUGAGAAGCUGACACAAUAGGUGUUCUGGGGCUUUGUUUGGAGCCCUGGUCUGGGUCCCUGCGUCAGCUGUCUCUACUACAUCUAUGGUUGGAAGCAGUCCAAGGGACAGCUGUUUCCCACUUACACUGUGAGUCCUUUGAGCUGGGCCAUGCUAAACUUUGCCCUUUUCAGACGAUGGUAGGGUGUCGUUGCCCUGCCACCAUUCCCUUUAAAAGGCAGCACGUGUGUGUAACAAAGCCCCUUUCCUGGUCCAGUAGCCAGGCUGAAUGUCGCUGUUAAUUUUUCAUAGUGUUUGCUAACCAAGUCCACACCCCUAACUUGGAGUUUGGUCAGCAGUCUGGAAUAGCAGGCUUGCU